UAUUUUUCACUUCUCGGUUUCCUCCUUCCCACCAACUCAUUCCAGUUUCUACAUGACCCGUCAGAUUGCAGUUGUCACUUCCAUUAAAUCAAGGAAGAAUACCUACUAGCAAGAGAAUUUUCAUGCAGAGGCUACUUUUUAUUCGACGUAUUUGACAUCCUUCCCCCUUCUUUCUAUCCGUUAAAAGGAAGAUCAUCAUGGCACCGUCAAAGGCAAUGCUGCGCUUUCGAGCAGACUUGAAAUUGGCGACUGAAAAAGAUUACAUUAACAUCACCAAUGUUCGUAAAGGCGAGGCUGAAGACGAAAUCACAUUUGUGUUCAGUCAUCCCGGCCUGCCUCAUCCUUCUCAAUUUGAGGUGAUUGCUCAGCCACAAGACGUACGGAGCUACCCAAACGACAACAGUUUUCUUGUUUAUACCAACGACGACAUAUCGCCGGAAGUCGCACAUGUCUUAGAGGAGUCCAUGUUUGAGACAAUGGGCAUGAAAGUUGACAACAUGCUCACUGAUCUCUCACGAAGACUUCGAGCUGCUUUAGAGAUCAACGAGCCUGGCGACGCAGGUGAUGUUACAAUGACUGAUGCAGGUGCAGACGAAGACACUUCUGAUCUCGACAUGGAAGACGCAUAUAGCGAUAGCGAGGAGGACAUAUCAUUUGAGUACAACGACGACGGUUAUGGCAGUGGUAGCAACAUUGAACUAGGAUCGAUACUCGCGGACCGGGCUAUUCCUGGAUCCUCAACAUCAACAACGCUGUCGCUUCCAGCCUUAAAACGAUUCCGACGAGAUCUUCGAUCGGUGCUUUGCGCAGGGUUCCAUACAGGAAUAGUACAUGGGCUUAGAGAUGGUGAACCUAACGGCAUUGUCUCUAUUUCUAUUCGAGUGAACAAACUUUGCCUCCCUAAAGAGACACGCGAAGCAUGGGGUCUUGUGCCGUCGGAAUACAUUGUCCUACUUAUCAAAUACGACGGGUUUUACAGCGACUUUGAGAACGCUAUUGACAGACCAGUUGAGCUCAAUCAAAUGAGUUUUCGCUUGCGAAAGUGCUCGAAGCAAAAGCCAUCGUCUCAGCAGGCUAGCAUGGCUUUCAAAUCUGGAGCAGUCGUUGCACCUACUAGCGAGGAAGAAACAGAACCACAUGAAUUAUCAAACCUCUGGAUUAGCAAGUCGAUGGACGAUUUCAUGAACAGCGAAUUUAUAUCGGUAUUGAAAAUAAGGUACCUAAACAACAUCUCCUGGGAGAAAGCGAAGGAGAAAUUGCGGUCUCAAAUAAUCCAAUCGGUUGACGAACUCGAAGGCACCCAAAACGUGGGCAACGAAGGAGAACCUACCCAAUUGCCACAUCUUCUUGCUGACGAUCACUUCUCGAGUACGGGGGAGCGUUCCUUACCACUGAUUGCUAUGCAAUUCGCCUUGCGUUACCUAGUCAGAUGCACCGAUUAUUGUACAGUCUGUCAUCGAAAGGUGAAGGGCAAUUUCGCUGCCCUGAUGCCAUAUGUCUGCAGCUCACCCCUCUGCCUCCACCAGUAUAUAAAUCUAGGCUUUGGUCCAAGUAUAGACCACCAGAUCAUAAACCAUCCUGAUGUUAUUGAUCUCUUGAUUAGCUUCUCCUACGCCGCCCUGAGUCUGACAGUUAAGGCGCAGAACACGGUAGGCAUGCGGCACUUUCCCACAGGACUUGGCUUACGAGUACCGAGAAUCCGGACGAGUUCACCCUUAAGUGCUGUGGGUAUAGAUCGGCUACACGAACCCUACCUUAUGGAUCCUAUUGACAUAUCCUUCAACUUGAGAGAGUCUGUCGCAACAAUAACUAGAGAUGACAGGAAAGAUAUUGUGGGAGUAGGCCAAUGGGUUAUUGUCUCAACACAAGUCAGGAGGCCUACCACCAUAACGAGCGAACCGGUUACCAUGCUACAUCAUGCUCGUGUCGAGGCAAUAUCCGACAAAGAUAUGCUGUUAAACGUUGUAUCGCGACAUUCAAUGCCUGACCUGUACAACAAUUUAUACCCUUUCCCAGAUGAGGCGUACCAGGAGCGCAACCAGCCUGAUGUUGUCUCGGGCCAUCUCGUGUCAUGCGACUACGAGUUUGACGAUCUUGAUGAAGUACUCGAAAAGGCAUUCUCUAUGGUUAUUCUACUCGCGAGUAUGCCACCAGUUGCGGACAUGAGAUCUUACUUGAUGAGUAGUCGACAGCCAUUAGCCAAAUGGGGCCGGAUGUCACCAGCGAGUGUGGAUCUACUAAGGUGGAUCAUAACUUCAAACCGGUCGCAUAUCGUAAAAGUUGACGAUGGACUUAUGGACAGCAAGCUCACUCGACAUCCUGAGCGGAUUAAUGGCGUUGACGGCUGGAUCCAGUUUAGAUUCACCCAGGGAUCUCCGGAGAAGGAGAACCUCUUUUACCAGGCUCUGGAGCAAGUCAGGGGUCCGCAAAAGACUCUGCUCGCCUGGCAUGGAAGUAAACUCGAAAAUUGGCACAGCAUUAUUCGCGAAGGCUUAGACUAUAACAACGUCGUAAAUGGUCGUUCCUAUGGCAACGGGAUCUACUUUGCUAGAGAUUUUAAUACGAGCUACGGCUACGCGGCAAGCAGCGGCGUCGAGAGAAUGAUAUGGCCCCAAUCCCGGUUAAGGGUACAAGGUGUCAUUAGCUUAAACGAACUUGUUAAUAUGCCCCACGAUUUCCAAAGUACCGUACCAUACUUCGUAGUGCAACAUUGCCACUGGACUCAGUGCAGGUAUCUGUUCGUCAAACCCACAGACAAAGUCUGGGGGGUGGACAAUACCAAGCUUAUAUUUGCCGACAACAACACCACCCAAUCUGACGGCGCUGGUGAACCGCAACAUGAAAAGAUCGAAGAAUUUGAGCAAGACCGGCAAUGGAUGGCGACAGGACCGAAUGGAGCUCUGCUGUUCAUCCCCAAAAAUGCGAUCCCCUCUGCGCGCAAAACUGGAAAAGGAUUACUUGAAGCGGAGGUAAAAGAAUCCGAACUGGAUAGUAGCGACGAAGACGAAUACGACAGCGAGUUCAUCUGGCACGAAGAAAAAGUGGCACAAACGAGCCUAAUAUCCGACACCGACUUCCGCCCUGGGACGCUCGAUUUCUCUUCCUUGCCACAGCUAGCUCCUCCAUCAUACGCAACCAAUAUCGCUCAAAAAGCUCUCGGACAAGAGAUCAAGAAGCUAGAAAAAAUCCAGUCUUCAACGCCUCUUCAUUUACUUGGGUGGUAUAUCGAUUUCGAGAGGCUUAACAACCUGUUUCAGUGGAUAGUUGAGCUCCAUUCGUUUGACUCUAAACUGCCACUCGCGAAAGAUAUGAAGAAGGCCGGCUUGACCAGUAUUGUCAUAGAGAUACGGUUCCUGCGUGGAUUCCCAAUGUCACCGCCAUUUGUGCGAGUGAUUUGUCCUCGGUUUCUCCCUUUUAUGAGCGGCGGAGGCGGUCAUGUCACAUCGGGUGGAGCCUUGUGCAUGGAACUUCUAACAAAUUCAGGUUGGUCACCGGCCAACAGUUUGGAGAGCGUUCUACUACAAGUUCGAAUGGCGAUUUGCAGCGAGGAACCUCGGCCGGCACGCCUACAGAGUACAGGACGACAACAGGGGCAAUAUGGUGUAAUGGAGGCAGUUGAGGCAUACAAACGAGCCGCCGCAACCCAUGGGUGGGAGGUUCCCGCUGAUUUAGCUGACGCGUCACUGUCUGAUUAGGUAGUUACCAACCAAGUUAUCAGCCAAAAGUCAGUACCUAUCAAACUAACACCCCAGCUGUACUUUACGAUCUUGAUCCUCUUCGAGAACAGGAGAUGCAUCAUGUGAGUAGCCCUAUGCCAUUCAAAGAUCGAUCUUCUAUCUUCGAUGGGUUAUUACACAUGGAGGGGGGGUUAGAUAGCUGUUACAGAUGCGUGUGAUUUCAUUGCGAAUCGCACUGCGUGUAGAUAUAAUAAUGAAUUGAACGCACCGAGUUUUAUCAUGAUUAAUAUUGAAUCACUUUAGUAUG